AUCAGGAACCCCCGUUUCAGUCGGCCGUCUUUCGCUUUCAGCUGUCCACUUUCAGCCGCAAUCCCGCGAUUUCAGUCGUGCCAAGAACCGCGGGGCCGUCUCUCGCAGUCUUACACUAUCUCGUCGCUCUUCUUUUGUUAUUGUCUUCUAUCGGUCGAGUACUUAGAUUUAGUGUACCGGUUACUCGUCGAGAUGCGAUCAAAUGUCCUCAAGCUGGUGUUUUUUUGUACAGCGUUAAGCAUUGGAUUAAUACAAACAGAGGCCAAAAAGUCACAAGAAAAGCAGCCUCACAGUGGAAAAAAGGGCAAUUUGACUAAAACUCACAAAGGGGGUCAGAACCACCUGAAAGGUAUAUCGAAAGACCUCUUGGCACAGUUGGAUACAUCAUGUACAGCUACACCACCUCCUGACAUAAAAAACGGGCGGGUGUUCAAAAUUCUGAAGCAGGUGAAGAGGAAGACGAAAGGAAGACAGUUUUUGAUGGCUGAGUACAAAUGUGACAAAGGAUAUAAGUUCAAGCAACCAUUCGGGAAAUGGAUGUUCUGUAGUAAGAAUAGUUGGGUGGGGAAGAUGCCCUCAUGCGAGAAAAAAAUAAAAACAGAUGGGUUUUUGAGCGACUCUCCCCAUGCCUAUUCGCCUCAAGUUCCAGCGAUCGCAGGAGAAUGUUCUCCAGAAGAUAAAGAGAAAUGCCAAUACAUAUGUCACAUCCACAAUGGCAUCCCCACGUGUGAUUGCCCUAACGGAUUCAUAAAAAAAGGAAAUGACUGUGAAGAUAUUAACGAAUGUGAUACUGACAACGGAGGGUGCUCACAUCAUUGCAGAAAUUUCCCAGGUUCCUCCAAAUGUUCUUGUCCUAAGGGUUAUCGAAUAUCGUCUGAUGGGAGGACGUGCGAAGAUAUCAAUGAAUGUCACUUGAGGAAUGGGCAUGGACCAUGCCAGGACACCUGCGAGAACCUUCCAGGAAGCUACCUGUGUGGUUGCUCAAAUUUGAACGGCACACGACUGGCCAAAGAUCAACAUACUUGCGCUGAUGUGAAUGAAUGCACAGAGGGUACUGCCGGAUGCUCACAUAGCUGUAUAAACGCCAAAGGCAAUGCGUUUUGUACUUGCCCUUUGGGCAUGGAACUAGGCGAGGACUGGAAAACUUGUAAAGAUAUAGAUGAAUGUGAAGAUCCGAAAAUCAAAUCAACUUGCGAAUACGAUUGCAUAAACGUAGCAGGCUCAUAUUAUUGUGAAGAAGAGCUUGCAUCAGACCAACCAAUCCAAGACAAUGAAACAUUACCAGAAGAAGAAGAGGAUAUUGGAGAGGAAUAUGAUGAAGAAGACUACGAUGAUGAUUACGAUGAGGAUUAUAAAGAAGAAAGACGGGAAGAUAGAGAACGCGGAAGGAAAAGGAAUGAGGAUAGAGAUGAUGAGGAACCUGAAGAGGAUGAAGAUGAACAAGGGAUCAAGCAAGAUCAAGAUAUUAAGGAAACUGUUAUUAACGUUACGACGACUACUACUACAACUACUGAGGCUCCUGAUAGUACAAAGGAAGAAGGGGAACAACGUAAGGAAAACGAGGAAAAUGAAGAGUAUAAUGAAGGUGACUAUGAUGACGAAGAUGACUUUGCAGAUCGGGAGACUGAUGAAACUGAAGAAGGAGUUGAAGAAGUAACUGUGAACGUUAUUGAAGAGUAUGACAAGGCUGCUAGGAGCACUGUGAUACCACCAAUUGAGAAAAUCCCUAGCUUAGGCAAAGAAACGCCUAGCGAAAGGCUAGAUCCUGGUGAGUUGUUCAAUUCGAUAGCGAAAGAGGCAAAUAAGACUGAGCCCAUAGAGAUUCCAAAGCCAGAUGAGUAUGAUGAAAAUUACGAUGAAGAAUAUGAUGAAGAAACGAAGACGGGUAGACCUGAAGAGGCGAAAGAAGGUGAGAAACCUGUAGUACCCGAUUCCAAAUCAACAGAUGAAGCCAGGAAGACUGACGAUUCAGCUGAGGCAGAAAGACGAAGAAUCAAGGCUGAGAUUGAACGUAGACUAAAUCCUGAAGGAGAAGAAACUGAAAACGGGAUAGAAAGGAAAGAAGAUCCAGAUAUGACCGAUAGAGAAAGAAUAAAAGAAGAAAUUGAGCGAAAAUUGAAACCAGAUGGUUUAAACCAGACAGAGAUUGAAGAUAACUCAAAUUUGUCCGAUAGAGAAAGGAUUAAGGCGGAGGUAGAUCGAAAAAUUGAAGAAGUAGAAAGACGAAAAGCGGCAACAUCAACAACUGUAGCACCGACUUCUCCUGAAACAAUAAAGAAACAAGAUAGUACUUCUGAAGAAGACUAUGAAGAUUCCAAAAAUGAGGAAUCUAUGCCAACUGGAGAAGAGGUGAGAAAAUGUACUGAGGGUUACGUAUUGGAUGGUGCAGGAAAUUGUACAGAUAUUGACGAAUGCAUUCCCGAUACGAACCCUUGCUCUCACGUAUGCACAAACACAGUUGGGAGCUACAUCUGUAGUUGCCCAGCAGGAUUUAAGCUAUCUCAAGAAGACCCUAAUACAUGUCAAGAUAUAGAUGAGUGUCUCAUAAGACCAUGUUCACAUUCCUGCACCAAUACAGUUGGAUCCUACCUUUGCAGUUGUCCUGAAGGUUUGACUCUCCAGGCUAACAAAUGUGUAAACACAACUUGUUCUCAAGGUCAAACAAGUAUUGAUGGUGCUUUACAAUGCACCUGUUUCCCAGGGUUCGUGCUUGGUUCAGAUAAUCGGACUUGCGAAGACGUGGACGAGUGUGCUUUGAGCAAUGAUUGUUCACAUCUUUGUCAAAACACGAUGGGAUCUUAUAAAUGUGGAUGUGAGGCUGGAUUUGAAUUAAUUAAUGGCAAAAAAUGCGUUGACAUUGAUGAAUGUAGUAAAGGCAACCAUAAUUGUAGCGGUAUUUGUAUCAAUGUUUUAGGUAGCUACAGAUGUAACUGUCAGCCAGGUUACGAACUCAUCAACAAUGCCUGCGUUGACUUAGACGAAUGCAAAACCAAGAACAUCUGUCCUCAAACGUGCGAAAACACUCUUGGUAGCUACAAGUGCACCUGUCAUAGUGGAUAUGAAUAUAUUAACAACGCCUGUAUUGACUUAGACGAAUGCAAAAGUAAUCCAUGUCCACACGCUUGUCUGAACACUCCAGGGAGUUACAAAUGCGUAUGUCGAGAAGGCUAUGAAUUUAUCAACAACACUUGCGUGGAUAUCAACGAGUGUGAUGAAGGUCUGGAUUUGGACGAAUGUAACCAAAUUUGUAUAAACUAUGAUGGAGGAUACGAAUGUGGUUGCCACCCUGGAUACACUCUUAAGUCCGAUGACGCAACUUGUGCAGAUGUCGAUGAAUGCUUAGUCAAGAAUGGUAAUUGCUCACACACCUGCGUCAAUACACAAGGUUCAUACCAUUGCACCUGCGAAAACGGAUAUGUCUUGGACAAGGAUCAUGUGACAUGUAAGACGUUAGAUCCUUGCACGGAGGAUAAUGGAGGAUGCUCAGAUUUUUGUGUGAGCGAGAACGGAACAGCAGUGUGUAAAUGUCCAGAAAACCAUGUCCUUGAAGGCAAGCAAUGUCGAAGGUUUGACCCUUGUAGCCAGAAUCAUUGUUCCCAUGUGUGUCUCAACGCAAAUGGAGUGGUAAGGUGUGAAUGCCCAGCAGGUUAUGAGCUACAAAAUGAAACCACUUGCGUACAAAUAAAUCCUUGUACCAUCAACAAUGGUAACUGUUCCCACUUUUGUGAGUUUGUCGAGGGCCAUGUUAACUGUAUGUGUCCCGAGCUUCAUACCCUGAUCAACGAUACUCUUUGUGUCGAAAAUAAUCCCUGCGAGUUCAAUAACGGAGGUUGCUCUCACAUUUGCAAGUUUGAAAAUCACACUCAAAGUUGUUCCUGUCCAGAAAACCAGCAAUUACAUAAUCAUACCCACUGUUUUGAAAACAAUCCCUGCUUGAUUGACAACGGAGGGUGUUCAGAUAUUUGCGAGUUCGUCAAUGAUGUUGCCAAGUGCAGUUGUCCCGAGAAAUUUUAUUUGGAAGGAAAAACUUGCUACAGGAUCGAUCCGUGUCUGAUUGGGAACGGUGGAUGCUCCCACGAUUGCUUCUCUGAUCAGAAUGGCGAUGCCAGGUGCCUUUGUCCUACAAACUUCACACUAUCAGCGAACGAAAAAUCUUGCGUUCCAAACGACCCUUGCAUACUAAACAACGGUCACUGCUCACAUAUCUGUGACUCCACCAAAGAACAUCUUUGUUCCUGCCCUCAAGGGUACAGACUCAUGAAUGACACUCAUUGCGAUGAGUUCAACCCUUGCUCAGUGGAAAAUGGUGGAUGCUCAGAUAUUUGCGAAAACAUUUAUGGCGCAGUGAAGUGUUCUUGUCCUGACAAUUAUGUUUUGGAAGGCGACAGGAGUUGCAUUCCUUAUGAUCCUUGUUUUGUGGAUAAUGGCGGAUGUUCUCACGUUUGUACGAACAUUGACAAUGAGCCGGAAUGUUCAUGUCCAGAUCAUCACAAUCUUAUAAAUAAGACGAUAUGCGUUCAGGUGAACCCCUGUUUCAUCAACAACGGAGGCUGCUCCCACGAAUGUACCUCAGAUGGAACAACUGUCACUUGUCUCUGCCCAGAAGGUUUUAAACUAGAAGACAAAACCUGCUUGAAGUUAGAUCCUUGUGUAGAGAAGAACGGAGGCUGCUCACACACUUGUAUAAAUAAAGACGGAGUAGCUAUUUGCAAAUGUCCAGUUGGGUACGAACUAAUCAACAAGACUUGCUUCAAGAUCAAUCCAUGCCUUCUGAACAACGGGGGAUGUUCUCAUGGGUGCGUCAAUAACCGGGGUCAGGCAAAGUGUACAUGUCCUCAGGGAUACAAGCUGUUUGGAACGAGAUGUGUUGGUGAGGAUCCUUGUAUGGUAGCCAAUGGAGGCUGCUCGCAUGGAUGCAUAACUGUUAGAGGAGAGGCCAAGUGUACUUGUCCAGCAGGGCUCAGGCUUUUUGGAUCUAGAUGCAUUGACGAAGACCAAUGUUUGAUAAGCAAUGGCGGUUGUUCCCAUGGUUGUAUUAACUCCAAAGGCCAAGCUCAAUGUACUUGCCCACCAGGCUAUAAGCUCUUCGGCAAGCAGUGCUUAGAUGAGGAUCCUUGCUCUAAAAACAACGGUGGAUGCUCUCACUUUUGCACAUUGAAAGACGGCAAACGACAGUGUUCCUGUCCUGAGGGCUACAUACUUCGUCCAAACAAAAGAGUCUGCAAAGAAGUAAACGAGUGCAGAAUAGACCGAGGUGGUUGUUCUCACGGAUGCAAGAACCUUCCUGGUUCAUAUCAAUGUACCUGUCCUCAAGGAUUGAGGUUAGACAGCGCUGAUAAUAAAACUUGCAUCGACAUAAAUGAGUGCGAAAUAGACAAUGGAGGAUGCGAGAUGGUUUGCAUGAAUUUCCGGGGGGGUUAUAGAUGUGACUGCCAUGAGGGAUUCUUCCUGCAGAAAGAUGGCAGAACCUGCAGCGCAGCUAUCACAACACAGUGCACCGUACCCCUUGCUCCAACGAACGGCUUCAUCAGAUGUUUAGAGCAAACUUCAGAUUAUGGAAGCCAAGUACCUCCAGGUACCAAAUGUUACGUCUGGUGUAGCGAUGGUUUCAAGUUGAUGGGUAGCUCUCAAAGGAUAUGUGAUGAAAAUGGAUCGUGGGAAGGAGAAGAACCUAGUUGUGCAGUUGCGACGUGUCCAAUUCUUCCACCAAUACGAAACGGCUGGUUCCUACCAGGCGUCUGUAAUUCAGGAAGGAUAUAUCCAGGCGAACAUUGCGAGGUGUAUUGUAGGAAAGGGUUUAGACAGAGAAUGGACAUGGAGAAAUAUAGAUGCAACGAAAAUCUUGAAUGGUCGCCAGAGAUUGACACAGAGAUCUGUGCCGAGAAUGUAUAUCAAAUGUCCAAGUAACUUAGAAUUUGAACUACCACCUGGUCAACAUCACACGUAUGUGAGAAUACCGAGACCUGAAACUAACGUUGAAUGGAGUCACUACGUUUCAUCCAUACCGUCAUGGGGGAUCCGCCUAGGUACAACUCUUCCACCUGGUAGAACAGAAGUGACGUUUACUGCUUCAUCACCAGAUCAUGAGUUCAAUAAUACUGCCUCAUGUGCGGUCACGAUCAACGUGCUGGAUAAAGAACCGCCAAAAACUAUGGGAUGCCCAGAUAAUAUUGAGAGAAAUUUGGUUAAAGGUGAAAAGGCAAAAGUCGUGUUUUGGAUAGAGCCUCAGUUCUACGAUAAUGUGGGUGUUAAGAGCGUCUUCAAGUCUAGGGACCCGGGAAGUGAAUUUGGUAAAGGGAAACACCACAUCACAUACGUAGCUUCAGACGAGGCAGGAAAUAGAGGAUUCUGUCACUUUACAGUAACUAUCAAAGAUGAACUCCUUGAGCCAGAAGAAUCAAAUAGCAUAAAUCAUCUCCCUCUCUACGCAAAUCAUAAUACGGCAGGCAAAUACAGAGCUGUCUUGAUUUGUCCAAGUGGUGUGCACUAUAUGACGGGACCCCCAGAUAGUUAUAAUAAUUUAAUAACAAGAGAAGCGGGUUGCUAUUGGAGACACGUCAAGGUACCUAGCGGUCCAGAAGAAAGUCAAAGUCAAACUUACAGUCAACACCACCAGAUUCCUAGGCGAUUCUCUGAAAGUAGACUUCCAUCUAGUGCUAGAAGUAAUAGAAGAGUAUUCUUUAAGUGGAGUAGAUAAAUAAGGCUGCAGUUUUGUUUUUAUAAUUAGUCUACAAAUCCGCUAGGUAAAUUAUUCUAACUAGUUAAAAAAAAAGUCUUAUCCAAAAAGCACUGCAUUGCACGAAUCCGCAGGUUUAGAAGUGCAUCUAAGAUUAUUCAAACUAUUUUUAACAAAUUUGAAAAACCAGUUAUUAGCCUUGAACAAAGUUUUCCUAGGUUCCUUGCGUCACUUCUGAAUAAAAAACAUUCCUACGAAUUUUUCUCUAAAGAUUAUAGUUUUCGGUAUAAUUAUCGAUUUACUAUCUGGAAAAGGUCAAGAUCUGUCACUUUCGACCCCGAAAAACAAUAUGAAAAGGCAAAAGCUUUGAUGUUGAUAAAGUUCCUAAAUUACUCCCCAAACAUUCAUUGACAAAAUCAUAAUAAUUAUAAUAAUAUUUGUUGUCACAGGAUACUUGUACACUUGCACUUGUGCUUGUUAAAACUAAAAGCACAAUGAAUGACUGAAAAAUGUAAAUACUAUAUAAUUCGUAAGUAGAAGUAUUAUUUCUAUGAGAGAUAGUGAUAAGUAAAAUAUUAUUGAUUUUGAUACUGAUUUUUCAUGUUGACAGUUCCAUGGAUGGAGCAUCCUGGAUCUAAAAUCCAUUUCUUAAUUUCUUUUUUAAAUGACCUAAUUGACUUUGUGGCCUUUGAUGAUUCUCGUAUGGAGUUAUAGAAUUUUGGUCCAAAGAAGAAAAUCGUUGAUGUCAUGGUUUUUCAUGUCCAUUUGUUUUGAGUUUUGAUUGGAUCUUGUUAAUAAUACGUUUCAAUGUUUAAUAUAUUGACCACUAUAAAAAUAAAUUUGUCUGCAAUUUAUUAGUCAACGUCAACCUUUUUGUAAUUAUUAUUUCGUAAAAUAGUAGAGGGUAAACAAGAGCGUAAUGAAUACUGUAUAAAUAUUAUUUAUCCAGAAUAUCUCGGAAGUAUCUGGAUUUGUCUCACAGGACUUACGGCCACCAUAGCGGCCUUUUUCAAAGUACAGCUCAUAACAGAUAAUGACAUUAUACUGAGAAAAAGACCACCGUAGUAGCAGAAACCUUAGUAAAAAGAGGAAAUUCAAACAAAUAAGGUUUCAUUUAGCGGCUAAACAACCUAGAAUCCUAUCGGCAUAAAAAGCACAAGAUCAGUCUUUGGCGUUGCAUUUAAAUUGCUUAUACAUAUUUAGAAAACUAUCAACUUUAAGAAGAGCUCAUAACAACAUUUUUUGUUCAGAAUGACAAAAAAAAUCUCAAAAAAAUGUUAAUAAUGCGUUAUAUAAGUUGUUUAAACAAUUUCUGAUACAAUUUAAGCACUGACUAGAUGUAACGUUGUUAAAUGUGGUCCUUUUUGAAUGAAGGUAUUGCAAAAACAGAAUCAGAAUAUUUUUCGUAGCAGAUGCGAAAAUACGUGGAUUAUAUAGUUUUUUUAUACAAAAUACUUCGACUAAAACUGCCAUAUAUUAGGAAAUUUGGUACCUAUGCAUUUCAUAAAUGUUAAUGUUACUUAUGCAAG